ACAUUUUUAGCUAGUCAGUGUGUUAUCGCCAAUCAAUUCGGUCGUAUAGUCUGUUUCUGCGGUUCCGGAAAUAUUAUUAUUUAAAUACCAAGAAAAUGGCGCUUCGUGUGAUGUUUGUGACUCGCAAUUCCAAGCAAUUAACUAAGACUCUAGAAUACACGAUGUUGAGGUGCAUGUCAACUGGAGUAGCGUCCAAAAAUAUCGGUUUCAUUGGACUUGGUAACAUGGGUGGCCAUAUGUCCAGCAAUUUAAUCAAAAACGGACACAAGCUUCAUGUUUUUGACAUCUCCAAAGCCGCGUGUGAUGCUGUCAAAGCCAAAGGUGCCACAGUCUACGCUGACCCCAGUGAAUUGGCGAAAAAAUCAGAUUUCGUUAUCACAAUGUUGCCCAACAACGACAUCGUUUAUAAUACUUACAAUCAAAUUACUAAAGAUGGCGUCAAUAAGGGAACAGUUUUUAUUGAUUCCUCAACUAUCGAUCCCACUGUAGUUAAGUCGAUACAAAAGAUUGUCAGCGAGAAGGGAGCUCACUUUAUUGAUGCCCCAGUUUCGGGAGGUGUUCCAGGAGCUGAACAGGCUACAUUAACGUUCAUGGUUGGUGGUACCACCGAAGAAUACAAUAUAGUGAAACCCAUUUUGGAAUGUAUGGGCAAACGUAUCACACACUGUGGCAACUAUGGCAUGGGUCAAGCUGCAAAGAUCUGUAACAAUAUGAUGUUGGGUAUUUCAAUGAUUGGAGCUUCUGAGGCAAUGAAUCUGGCCAUUCGCUUGGGAUUGGACCCUAAAACGUUUGCAGAUAUCAUAAAUUCAUCAACCGGACGUUGUUGGUCGACAGAAGUUUAUAAUCCAGUUCCUGGAGUUGUUCCAACGGCACCAGCUAAUAAUGAAUACAAGGGAGGCUUUUCAACUGAUCUGAUAACUAAGGAUUUGGGGCUGGCUUCUGGAGUAGCAACGUCUUCAAACACACCAAUUCCAAUGGGUGCCAUGGCUCAUCAGAUUUAUCGCACUUUGAAAGCUCACGGUUUGGGAAACAAAGAUUUCUCAGUGGUCUAUGACUUCAUGAAGAACGAGAAAAAUAAUUAAACUGGAGAAAAACCUAGCUUACAGUUGACAACAAAAUUCGUCUUAAGAAUGUGCAUUUAUUUUUAUAUAUAUGGUAAAGUAGAUAAAUAUAUAGAUAUAUUUUAAAUACAAAAUCAAGAA